AUGCGUAUGUUUAGGGAAGAACUGGCUGCAAUAAAUCACAAAUUUAUUUCCGUGGGCCCUGCCAUAGUCGACUCCUACGAGCCAAUCUCCGUCGGACCUGCCAUCGUUAACCCCGAGCAAAUUUCUGUCGGCCCUGCUAUUGUCGACUCCUACGAGCCAAUCUCUGUUGGACCUGCCAUCGUUAACCCCGAGCAGAUUUCUGUCGGCCCUGCUAUCGUCGACUCUUACGAGCCAAUUUCCGUUGGACCUGCGAUCGUUAACCCUGGCCAGAUUUCUGUCGGCCCUGCUAUCGUCGAUUCCUACGAGCCAAUCUCCGUUGGACCUGCCUUCGUAAGCCCCGAGCAGAUUUCUGUCGGCCCUGCUAUCGUCGACUCUUACGAGCCAAUCUCUGUUGGACCUGCCAUCGUUAACCCCGAGCAGAUUUCUCAGAUUUCUGUCGGCCCUGCUAUCGUCCACUCUUACGAGCCAAUCUCUGUUGGACCUGCCAUCGUUAACCCCGAGCAGAUUUCUGUCGGCCCUGGUAUCGUCGACUCUUACGAGACAAUUUCCGUUGGACCUGCGAUCGUUAACCCUGGACAGAUUUCUGUCGGCCCUGCUAUCGUCGACUCUUACGAGUCAAUUUCCGUUGGACCUGCGAUCGUUAACCCUAGCCAGAUUUCUGUCGGCCCUGCUAUCGUCGAUUCCUACGAGCCAAUCUCCGUUGGACCUGCCAUCGUUAAACCCGAGCAGAUUUCUGUCGGUCCUGCUAUCGUCGACUCUUACGAAACAAUUUCCGUUGGACCUGCGAUCGUUAACCCUAGCCAGAUUUCUGUCGGCCCUGCUAUCAUCGAUUUCUACGAGUCAAUUUCCGUUGGACCUGCCAUCGUUAAGCCCGAGCAGAUUUCUGUCGGCCCUGCUAUCGUCGACUCUUACGAGUCAAUUUCCGUUGGACCUGCGAUCGUUAACCCUGGCCAGAUUUCUGUCAGCCCUGCUAUCGUCGAUUCCUACGAGCCAAUCUCCGUUGGACCUGCCAUCGUUAAACCCGAGCAGAUUUCUGCCGGCCCUGCUAUUGUCGACUCUUACGAGCCAAUUUCCGUUGGACCUGCCAUUAUAAGCUCAGAACCCAUUGUUCAGAUAAUUGUUAACGCGGACAAUUAG